CGCGCGCCGCCGCACCGUCGUUGGAAGGGAGAGAGGCGGAGAGGGGUUGAAGCCGAAGGAUAAUAGAGAUGGCGAGGUGAUCGUAGUCCUACCACUUGGAUCAAAUAUAUCUGAAUAUAUGCAUCAUGAUCGCCCACAAUACGAACUAAUUCAAAGAAGAAACCAUUGACGACUUGUGAGGAGAAGGAUGAAGACGAGAAAGCAUCCUUGCCAUCAUAGCGAUAACUACAGAGGUGGUCAGUAGGGCAUUGUAGUGGGUUACCAGCUUGCCAUGAGAUGAUCAACCGGACAAGAACCCCAGCAAGAAGAAGGGCGCCAAGGUCGAGUUCAAGCAGAUCUCCGAAGCCUCGGAGGUGGAUUCGCUUGUGAUAAACGAGCAUGACGAUGCUUUUGCAUGCAAUGCAAUUAUUGUGAGAGUACUCGGCCAUGAAACUUCGUUCAAUCCUCAAGUCUUGCUAGUUCUGUUUCUCUAUGACGACGUGCCGGCUUCGUCUUGAUGAUUCAUUUCAAGUCUUCAAGCUCUUGAGCGAUCCAAAGUAGCUGACCAUGAGAAGACUUCCUGCAUUCCUUCCAAAUCAUAAAGCGACCGUCUUCCCUCUCAAAACUUCCCAUCCCCUCGCCGCUAGAAGAUGCAAGGAAGUUGGCUCUCACUGGAAGGCCGCGCUCUUCCGCCUCCUCGAAAGCCGUGACAUGGACGAAGCCCGCCGCCUUUUCACCAGAAUUCCUUCUCCCGGCGUCCAACUCUACACUAUGAUGAUCGUUGGAUACUCGCAGACCAACCGCAUCGACGAGGCCUUCCGACUGUUCGACGGUAUGCCGGUGAGAGACACCGCUGCAUGGAAUUCCAUGAUCAAGGCCGCCUUAGACUGCGGUGACUUGAGUCUUGGGCGGAAACUGUUCGAUGAAAUGCCGGAGAGGAAUGUGAUCUCGUGGACGACGAUGAUCAAUGGGCUCUCGCGGUUCGGGUGGAUCGAUGCGGCGGCGGAGCUGUUUUUUAGGAUGCCUCAGCGGGACACUGCCGCGUGGAAUGCCAUGAUUUCCGCGUAUUGUGACAAUGGAAGAGUUAAGGAUGCUCGGUUGUUGUUCGAGAAGACGCCGCAACCCAAUGUGAUUUCUUGGACUGCAAUGAUCGGAGGUCAUGACCAAAACGGGGAGAGUGACAAGGCAUUGCUCCUUUUUCACAAACUGUGGAGUUCUGGGACGAAGCUGACGCCGAGCACUUAUGCAUGUGUCCUAACGGCCUGUGCCAAUGCAUCGGAAUUAGGACUAGGCACGCAGCUGCACUCCCAUACUGUAAGAACAGGCUAUUCAUCAGAUACAUUUGUUUCUACUUCACUGGUCAACCUUUAUGCCAAGUGCAAACAGAUUGAGGAUUCAAUCCAGUUAUUCAGUGAGAGGAAAGAAAGGGAUGUGGUCUCUUGGACAGCUCUCAUAACCGGCUACGGUCUGAACGAUAGACAUGAGGAUGCACUGGACGAAUUCAACAAAAUGAUUGCAUUUGGUAUCAGGCCGAAUCAGUCUACCUUCACCAGUGCAUUGAACUCAUGCUGUGGGCUGGAAGCUCUCGAUGGAGGAAAGAAGCUCCAUGCAACUACAGUCAAGCUGGGUUUGGAACUUGAUGUGUUUGUGGGCAAUUCUCUGGUUGUGAUGUACUCCAAAUGCGGGGAUGUAGAGGAUGGUCUGAUGUUGUUUGACAGUAUGGAUAGGAGGAAUCUCGUCUCAUGGAACUCGAUCAUAGUUGGAUGCGCACAGAACGGGUAUGCAACAUUGGCACUGAAGCUCUUUGAUGACAUGAGACAGAUCAACGUACAACCUGAUGAGAUCACAUACACAGGGCUGCUGACCGCUUGUAGCCAUUCCAGAAUGCUCGAGAGGGGAAGGCACAUUUUCCAUCUCCUAAAGCAUGAUUCCUCGGUCCAAGUGAAGCUCGAGCACUAUGUUUGUAUGGUGGAUAUCUUAGGCCGGUGCGGAAACCUGGAAGAAGCAGAAGAGUUCAUUCGGAACAUGCCCGUGGAACCGAACAGCAAGAUAUGGUUGGCUCUGCUCGGUGCUUGCAGAAUGUAUGCUAAUAUCGAAGUUGCUCGCAGGACUUCCAAGAAGGUGUUCGACAUGGAACCAGAUAACAGUGCGGCUUACGUAUUGCUGUCCAACAUAUAUGCUUCAGCCGGAAGAUGGAAUGAUGUAUCACAAACCAGAGUGAUGAUGAGAUAUCGAGGAAUCACCAAAGUUCCCGGUUCCAGUUGGAUUACGCUGAAGGAAACAAGGCAUGAGUUCGUGUGUGGAGACAGGUCUCACCCUAUGGCCAUGGAGAUAUACAAGAAGUUGGACUGGCUCGGAGUUAAGCUGAAGGAACUUGGCUAUGUUUGCGACAAAACAUUUGCGUUGCACGAUGUGGAUGAUGAACAGAAGGAGGCAGCGCUUGCGCACCACAGCGAGAAGCUUGCUAUUGCCUUCGGUCUUAUUAGUACCGUAGAGGGUAGUACGAUCAGAGUCAUGAAGAACCUAAGGGUGUGUGGGGAUUGCCACUCUGCCAUAAAAGUCAUGUCGCAAGUCGUCGGGCGUCGGAUUGUGUUGAGGGACGCCACUCGUUUUCAUCACUUCAGGGAUGGGCUCUGUUCUUGCGGAGAUUGCUGGUGACCAUGUAUACAUUCUUUCCAAGUGGAUAACUCUUCAGCUCAUUACAUGGUCUUCGUAUUGCACAAGACAAAAGAUUGCUAUGGUACCACAAGUAAUCUGAUAUAUCAUCAAACAGGAACAUGUCAGAUUGAUUGGACGUGUGUUGCAUGUCUUCUGGCUUUAAGAAAAAGAAGCAACUCAGUUGUGCACGCCUAAUUGUAUUAAAAGAUCGUACGUGGUGUUUGGGUCCUCGAUACAGCAUCAGCUGAAGAAAGAAAGGAGAGGGGCAAAAAAGAAAUACAUCAGU